AUGGCUCAAGGGCCAGAGACGGCAGCACUCAUCAAUGCUUGGGAACAAACGUGGUGGAUGGACGACCAGACAAAGUACGAAAACGCGUCGCCUGACAUGCUGCGUGAAUACCAUAGGACUUGGCUCGCAGCACUGGAACCAAAAGAUCGCCGCUUGGACUGGCCAGAACUCUCUAUGUUCCUUGUGGUGGAUGCCGAAGUUCUGGCUCGUGUUAGUGGAAUGGAUGUUGUGAAUCAGCCAUUGCCUCUCGAGCAACAUCCGUUCGUCAAGGUUUUCGAUGCGAAUGGCUCGAGCGACAGCGACAGCGGGAACUAUCCAGGAUGGAUGAAGUUGAGCUUGACCGGAAUCUAUCACCUUUAUGUCAAGGCCCUUGGUUGUCGCGGGAUGCGGGAGCUGUGCGUCAAGUAUACGGAGUGGUCGAUUAGAGAUGCGCUUCCCGAGGAGACAUAUCUUAUCGAAUCAGAUGAUUCGGAAACUUUGGACUCUGACGACGUGCCUUCUGACUACGAAAUGGGUCCAGGUGAUCCUGAUGAUAUGGCUAUAUGA